AAUGCCAGUAAGCUGUGCAGCCCUCCUCCCUAAAGUCCCUUCAAACUUGGCAGACACCCAUGCUGCCUGGGGACCUUCCCCUAGGAGGGGUCAGAACGCCCCGAGAGCAGUAGGACUCAAUCACCAAUCUGCAUACAGCAAGGGCUUAAGAAAGAAUUGGAUGUUCCAUCGAAGAGAGUCAGAAGAAAAAGGGACUAGCUCUCAAAACACAGAUGAGAAUAGUAAAAACCAGUUAAAUGAUGUGCAAGAUUUUAUUUUUUUAAAUCGCCAUGGAUUGCAUUUAUAUGAACUGGAAGCUUCUCAAUGCUAUAGCUCACUUAAAAUAUGCAUCUUGUCCAAAAAUUUUAUUAUGGAUAUGUCUCCACUUAAGAACUGUACACAAUUAAUUAAAUUGGAUCUUCAUUCAAAUCAGAUAAGAAUUGUACCAGAUAGGACAUUUUGGAGUGCAAUGAAGCAAUUAAAACUUUUAUAUCUCCAUGAUAAUUCAUUUGUAAAACUAAAGAAUGUGUGUUCAUUAUCGGCCUGCCAGAACCUGAUUGCCCUCACUCUAUACGACUGCCCAGUGAGCCUAAAAAAAGGUUAUAGACAUGUGAUAGUUAAUAGCAUAUGGUCACUCAAACUCCUGGACAAUUUUGUGGUUUCUGAUGAAGAAAUAAUAGAGAAUUGGGAACUUCCUGAAAGAUUCAAAACACUUAGCAAACACCUUUUCUGUGAUAUCACUCCAGUACUGGUAAAGGGGUCAAACUAUGAGAAAGAGCUGUUCCAGAUGAAUUACGUUAUUUCAAAAAUAAAUAGAGUUGUUGCCCACAAUUCACCAGUUGUGAUACUCCAGAGAUGGAUUCGUGGACAUUUGACUAGAAGAAUGUGGAAAAAAAAUCAUCUCAAAUUGUUACAAAGAAAAAUUCUUUCUGACAAAGUUAGAAAGAUGCUAAAGAAGGAUGAGGAAAAAAUAGGCAAGGAAGAGCAGAAAUGGAAUGAAGAGAAUGAAGAAGAAAAGCCCAGUGCAUCUGAAGACAAGGUUAAGUCCAUCUACAUGGGAAAAGACCUUCACUGUAAACUAUUAUCACUGAAACAUAAAGCCUUUCUUUCCCGUGCUUUAUCUGAAUUACGAAGAAUAGAAACACCAGUACCAUUCCCAAAGUUAAGCCACAUAAAAGUUUCUAAGGUCUCCAGAGAAGAACAGACUGCAGAUCAAGAAAUGGACUUUAAUUUUAGAAUUCCAGGGAUUAAAGUUCAUUUGUCUCUGCCACCUAUUUAUAAGUAUUCAUCAAAAUCUAAAGAGAUAAAACAAGAAACCCAGCACCGUCCUAUUUACCGAUUAUGUCAUUUUAUUGAUGGGCAAUCUAAAUUUAAAGUUAGCCAUCCAUUGGAAAGAGAAAAGAAAAAAGAAUUUCCUAGACAACAGUGCACUUUGGACCUUUCCCCAUUUUAUAGUAUUGAUAGACAAUAUAGAGACAGGGAAAAUAUGAAAAAGAUACAAAAGAAAAGAGACUUUGUAGAAAUGAGCCUAUUUGAUGAAGAAAUUGCUCGUGGAAACAUUGAGGAAUAUAUUCAAGAAAAAUUGAAUUUCAUUAAAAAAAGAAAUGAAGAUGAAGGAAAAAAAUAUGAAGAAAGUUUGCUCAAAUCACGUGAAACCAGAUUAAAACUGAGGGAAGAAUUGCAAAAAAAGAGAAAUUCCUUUCUAGAAAAAUUCAAAAUCAAAAUAGAAGAGCGGGAGAUGGUGAAAAGUUUAUGUAAUCAGCAUUCUACUCUGGGAAGGGAGAUGUUUCAGUUUGACAGAUACAAUUGGAAACAAGAUAUCAUGAAGAAAAAACAGACACUUGUAAAUGAAAUCAAGGAAAAAGAGAAACGUCAUAAGGAAUUAAUCAAAAAAAUGCAGAAAGGGAGGAUGAAAGCAAUACGUAAAAGGCAUAUAGAAGAAAGAAUAAUUAUUCAUACCAUUGGUAAUCAGAAAGCUACUGAUAGAAUUCAAGAAGCUAAGGAAAAUGUGGCUGCCAUGAAAACUCAUCGUGUUCAUUUUACACUCCCUUUGGAUUCCAAAAGUAAUUCUUCCCUUUCUCAAUUUUGAAGUGAUUUCUAUUUCAUGUCAGAGGGCACUGGGAGCACUCUCUGAAGCAAGAGAAAAUCUACUAUGACAGAAUGGAUCUGUUUCCUAUCUUACUAACAUUAAAUUUUUAUUUAAUUUUGUUCUCAAUUAUGUUAAAAAUUAAUAUUCAUUUUCUUUGAAGUUUAAGUUCCAUAUUGUCUUCUUCCCUUCUCUUCCUCUCCUUUCCUUAAAAAGGUAAGCAAUUUGAUAUAGAUUACAUAUGAGCCAUCAGGCAAAACAUUUUCCUAUUUGCUGUGUUGAAAAAAGAAACACAGGGGCAGCUUGAUGGCACAGUGGAUAGAGCAUCAACCCUGAAGUCAGGAGGACCUGAGUUCAAAUCUGACCUCAGACACUUAACACAUCCUAGCUGUGUGACCCUGGGCAAGUCACUUAACCCCAACUGCCUCAGCAGAAAAAAAAAAAAAGAAAGAAAAAGGAAACACAAAAACAAAAUAAACAAAAAAUAAAUGACCCCAAAACAAAACCGAAUAUAUCCAAGCAUAGUAAAGAAAGUUUUAAAAAAAUAGUAUGCUUCAAUCUGCAUUCAGAUACCAUCAGUUAUAUCUCUUCAGGUGGAUAAUGUAUUUGAUUAUAAUUUUUUCAGAAUCAUCUUGUACAAUUAUAUUGCUGAAAAUAGACAAGUCAUUCACAGUUGAUAGCCACAAAAUAUGGCUGUUCCUAUACACAAUGUUCUUUUGGUUCUGCUCAUUUCACUUUGUAUCAGUUCAUAUAAGAUUAACCAGAUUUUACUGAUGCUGCUUAUGUUUUCUUAUGGCAAAAGUGUUCUGUAACAAUUAUCUGCCACAACUUGUUCUCUAAUUUAAGGGAAUUAGCUCAAUUUCCAAUUCCUUACCUCCAAAAAAGGAAUUUCUAUAAAUAUUUUGCACUUGUAGGUCUUUUUCCUUUUCUUUGAUCUUCUUGGGAUACAGACCUAGUAGUGCUCUUGCUGAAUCAAAAAGUAUGCAAAGUUUGCCCUUUGGACCUAGUUUCAAAUUGUUCUCCAGAAUGCUUAAAGGGUCAAUUCAGAUCUCCAACAAAGUAGUAGUAUCCCAAGCUUUCCAAACCCCCUCCAACGUUUAUCAUUUCUAUUAUAUUUUAUUUCAUCAAAAGCUUUUAUGCAUCUAUUCAUGUAAUCAUAUGAUUGUUUUGAUAUAUUAUUAUUUAUAUAAUCAAUUAUUUUAAUAAUUUUAGGAAUCAUCAUUCCUAUAUUCCUGGCAAAAGUCCCACUUGAUCACCAAGUGCAAUCUUUGUCAUGUAUUGCUUUAGUCUCCUGGCAAGUAUUUUAUUUAGAAUUUUGCCAUGCAUAUUCAUUAAUACAAUUGGCCCCAAAUUUCCUUUUUUCUGUUUUUGCUCUUCCUGGUUGAG